AUGGUGUUCCGGGAUCUCGUGCUGUGCGUUGUGGCUCUUGCGCCUGGCUGCGUGACGGCUGCUUCUCACUCGCAGAAGCCGUUAGUUGACGACGCUCGAGUCUCUGAGAAGCUGCAAGAAAAAGAUAAACAAAGCCAAUGGACCCUGAACUUCACAUCCCCCAUCCCACACCUGUUCGCCUCCAUCCCCAGCCUGCUGCACCAAUGGAGCAACACCAUCUUCCCCAACGGCCACGCUCUUGCGGCCGUUGAGAUCCCGGCCUACACCCUUUUCUACCACGGACUCAUCUCCCCGGACGAGUCCUCCCCGACGCCGCCCAGCCCCGAGUGGCUCGCCUUCGACCUCGAGAUGGCCUAUGGCAUCAUGGGCUCCAGCCGCAACUCCUUCCUGCUGACCUACCAGACCACCCGCCCCAUCAAGGCCCUCUAUUUUGACGGCGAGUCGGCCGCCCUUAUGGGCCUGGGCCAAAUGGACACGCAGAUGCUGCAGCUCUUUGGAAACGUAAGCGGGCCCCCUGGGAAGGGCUUCUUCGGGCUGGGACAGGAGUACCUGAGGGCACAUGGGCUGUGCCAGUGGUUCGAGGACGCCGGGCUCGGGGGUCAGGGAUGGGGAUUCGAAGGGGUAGUGAGGAUGAACGCGGGAUUUGAGAUGAUUUGGUGUGAUUUCUCGAGUCCGAGUCUGAGGUCAGUCUCGAGGCUGAACGUCACGGCGCCGUUGUUAGCUGCGGAAGAUGAGGGCAAGGCCGUAGACGGUGAGGACGACCUCGCCCAGGCGCCUGUUCUCAGCAGCAUCAAGCAGCACCCAGCGUCAUAUUACCCCCUCCCACCACAACCGACAAGGACCGGGCGCGACUCCGAGCCCUCUCACCCCGCCGCGCCACCAAAUUGGCGCCACGACCGCGGCCGCGAGCCGUUCCUGGCUGUCCAGGGCUGGGGUUGGUUCGACAGUGCCACAUGGCACUACGGCUCGACCCGAAACGGCCCAGGACGGGGUGAAGUCAAGGCCACGGUGCUGAGCUGCGGCGUGCUUAGCUACUAUUCCCCCCAGUUCACAAACCAGUCACUCAACCGGGCACUGGACGAGCGAAAGAGUCUGAACCUGACGGCAGACGGCCUGUGGGCUGGACCUGGCGAGCACGGCAACAGGACCAAGGCCAUCAAGCAGCUGGCCCGCAGAAGGCGGUUUCACCACCUAGGGGGCGUCAUACCCGAGGAAGCCUCGCUGAUGAGGGAGAACUCGGAGAGGGCGUUACGGGGCUUGCUGGGGCCUGACAACAACUGCAGCGGAGCAGACUGGGUCCUGAUGACAUCCGAGAUCGUGCAGCGGACGACCAACCACCUCACCAUGCUAGACGCUAAGCUAUUGUCAUUCCCGUCGGACCCUCGGGACCAGUCGGCCGUGUCCAGGUGGCUCUAUGACCUGAGGGCCCAGAUCCACCUCUUCAUGGUGGGAUACCUGGAGUACCCACCAAAGAUCGGACGGGAAACAUGGUCUACGCAGUCGAGCCUCUACGAGGAGACAUAUUCUCGCUGCAAAUACCGGUAUACGAGGCUGCUAGUCCCAGAGGAACUCCGGACCCCCUUGCCCAGGGAGGAAGAAGACAUCCGAUUAGCCGUGGAGGGCGUCCACGGGACAAUAUGCUCGGUCCUCCUGACGCUGGGAUUCGGCGUCGAGCAAGCAUGGCUCGAUCAUACCGAUGGCACCAAAGAGCGAGCGAGUGUGCACACGGAAGCCCCUGCUGACAGGGCCGACCGGUGGCACGACAACAUCGAGGAGCUGCAGGCCUGGCUGGGGUGGGAGAGCGAGUACUACGGGUGCCAACAGACGUGCGCGUGGGACGAGCGGUGCUACAUCCCCAUGUGGCCGCUGGUGCACAUGGGAGGGGGCCCUGGCGGCGGCCCGGGGAGACGUCCUGGCAACGGGACACGUCCCGGCCGGCCCGGUGGGGGAAGAGGUCCUCCGGUCGAGGGCCCGGGACAUGGGCCCGGGGGAAGAUACCCCCCGGGAGGUGAUGACGGCUUGCCACCGCCGCCGCCAUCUCCUCCUGGACAUAACGGUACCAGGCCAGAGCGGCCGGGCUUUAAGAUGCCACCGCGAGGGCCGUGGUGGAUGGGCGAUGACACGGAUUUGUGGGAGCCAAAGUGUGUGAACAUAGAAUACAUUAUGGGAUAG